ACCAAAAAAGAAUGACGUCACCCGUGGCAAAUUUAAUACUCUACAUUUAAAUAUCCAAAUGCAACAUUUUCUAUCUAAUAUUGUGUGUUAAUAGCAGGAUGGAGUAGGACUAUUUGUUGGAAGGCGGUAGGAUAUGCGCUAUAGAAGCCUAGCCUGCUCUAUCUUCUUUUUUCCUCUAGUGGAGGCCGUGAUGGGAGCCUGAGAGUCCCGCCGCAGAGACCCAAGAAACGAUGAUUCCCCGGGACCGAACUGUCAAAUCGAAUCGCUGCAGAUCUGUAAAACGUGUAUAGUUCAAUAUACAUUCAAGGUGGAGCCUGUCACUUAUUUUUCCAGAUGUGUUUUUGGCGAUCUUUCGACUAUAAUGUUGGUUCGCUAGGAGGCUUUUGGGUCAGAAAGGAGCCGUAGCUAUUGUCGCUAGCUAGCUUUGCUAGCUAGCUGGUAAGCUAGCGCGCUAGCCGAGUCAGGCGUAAACUGGACACGGGCUCUGGGACCGGUGAAUUUUGCACUUCGCUGUCAAUCACAGCAGCAACAAUUAAGCUAUUCUGUGGGGACCGAGACCGACAUUUUUAAAGCUGUUUCACUCGGGGGAGAAGUGCAUGCAUUGUGUGCGGGACUUCUGCCAGACUGAAUUCGGAAUUGGAAAAAAGUGGGGCCUGCGCUGAGGAGCAGAGCAAGGCCCGUCUUUAUGAUCAGAAGAAACCCUUCUAAUCCCACACAGGACCACCGCUAGCGCCGCUAGCCUGUUCGUCUUUGCGAGGACCUGCAAACAUUCAGCCCUCGCAGCGAUCGACCGACAGCAAAAGCCAUCUCUGGGUUCGAGUUGAAAAAACGGACGAAGAACCUUUGAUAACUCGCUCCUUUUAAUUUUUAAAAUCAUACAGACUCCAGUGCGUUGACACAAUGGCCGCGAUUAUCAAAGAAAUGGUCAGCCGAAACAAAAGGAGAUACCAGGAGGACGGCUUCGAUCUGGACUUGACGUAUAUAUAUCCAAACAUCAUAGCUAUGGGCUUUCCUGCAGAGAGACUUGAAGGCGUUUACAGAAACAAUAUAGACGAUGUAGUACGGUUUCUUGAUUCGAAACAUAAAAACCAUUAUAAAAUCUACAACCUCUGUGCAGAACGACAUUAUGAUGCUGCCAAAUUUAACUGCAGAGUUGCACAGUAUCCCUUCGAAGACCACAACCCGCCCCAGCUGGAGCUGAUCAAGCCCUUCUGCGAGGACCUGGACCAGUGGCUGAGCGAAGACGACAAUCAUGUGGCCGCCAUCCACUGCAAGGCGGGCAAGGGCCGCACGGGCGUAAUGAUCUGUGCCUACCUGCUGCACCGCGGCAAGUUCGAGGAGGCCCAGGAGGCGCUGGACUUCUACGGCGAGGUCCGGACGAGGGACAAGAAGGGAGUGACGAUCCCGAGCCAGCGACGCUACGUCUACUACUAUAGCUUUCUGCUGAGGAACCACCUGGACUACAAGCCCGUGGCCCUACUCUUCCACAAGAUGGUGUUUGAGACCCUGCCCAUGUACAGCAGCGGCACCUGCAGGGACAGUUCUGUUAAAAACCGGAGCGAGCAGAUCCCGCAGGGCUUCAAGAAAGGGAAUUGGCACUGGGACCCCCAGUUUGUGGUGUACCAGCUCAAGGUGAAGAUCCACACCUCCAACCCUGCUCACACGCGGCGCGAGGACAAGCACAUGAUGUUUGAGUUCCCCCAGCCGCUGCCCGUCUGCGGGGACAUCAAGGUGGAGUUCUUCCACAAACAGAAUAAGAUGAUGAAAAAGGAUAAAAUGUUCCAUUUUUGGGUCAACACCUUUUUCAUCCCGGGGCCGGAGGAGAGCGAGGAGAAGGUGGAGAACGGGACUGUGGGGAACGACCUGGACGGCCUGGUGCCCCAGCAGGCCGGGCUGGGCCUGGGCCAGGUCCCGGUCCCGGUCCCGGUCCCGGUCCAGAUCCCCGCCGUUGCAGCUCCGCUCCCGGGUCCUCUUCAGGGCCUGCUGCAGGGGCCACUCCAGGGCCUGCUGCAGGGUCCGCUCCAGGGAAUAGGUCCCGGUCCGCCCCAGACCGGGGAGCGUCGGGACAGCGAGAGGGACUACCUCAUCCUGGCGCUGACUAAGAAUGACCUAGACAAGGCCAACAAGGAUAAAGCUAACCGAUACUUCUCACCAAACUUCAAGGUGAAGUUGUACUUCACCAAGACGGCGGAGGAGCCGUCGAAUUCGGACGCGAGCACUUCUACGUCGGUCACCCCCGACGUCAGUGACAAUGAGCCGGACCAUUACCGGUACUCCGACACCACAGACUCGGACCCGGAGAAUGAACCUUUUGACGAGGAGCAACACACGCAGAUCACGAAAGUGUGAACGUUUCUGUUUUUUUUGUUUUUGUCUUGUUUUUUAAAACGGGAAGAGAAGAAGAAAAUUGUGUACCGGAGAGAGGAGGAAAAAAGGAAAAAAAACUUGAAUACAAACUGAAAAGAACCAUUUCUCUUUGAGUCCCGAACCUUCCCCGUACGGCAAUAGAUUAUCAUCAUGUCCAAUGCCAAUUUUAGGGAAAUCAAAAGAUGAAUAUCCUGACCAAUAUAUUGUUUUUAUUUUUUAAUUUUUCUCUUUUGGCACGGCCGUGCGAGAUAUUGACACUGUCGCCCCGUGGGAAAAGGUGCUGUAGCUCUAAAAAAAAAAACGAAACGUGUUUAUAUAUAAGUAUAUACAUAUGUGUAUGUAUAUACGUAUAUACAUGCAUUAUAUAUAUUAACUUUUUUGUGUCAAAGACAAUGGAAAGAAUACCACAAUCAGGAGACGGGGUGUGUUGAAGUGUGGGAGAAGUAAGAAUGAUAUACUAGGAAUAUGCUGCUCCUUCUCCUGUCUAAACCAAGGCCAGUGCUGCAGUCACUUUUGUUUUCCUCCCACCCCCACUCUCCCCCUUCACCCACCUCACCUUUGACCUCCCACCCCUUACCUUUAACCUCCCUCCUUGCCUUUCUUCCUAUCCUUCCACUCACUCCACUCCCCCCCUCUGUCCCUCCUCCCAUUGAUGGUCACCCAUCUCCAGUGUUGGGGAGUAACGGAAUACAUGUACCGACGUUGCGUAUUCAGAAUAAAAAUUAUAGCUAACUGUAUUCCGUUAGUUACAAUUUAAAUUGUUGGUAAAUUAGAAUACAGUUACAUUGUUGAAAUCAAUGGAUUACAUAAAGAUACUUCUGUUUCAGCAGUUUAUUCGUGCUUUCACACAAACAGCAUUUAGUGCGCACUAAACGAGUUUGUUCCCUUGGUUCUGUACGUUUGCGUUGGUGUGAAUGCAACCACCUCACUUCGAUGCGAACCAAAUCAGCCGACCGAGACCUCCCUGAACAGCUGGUCUCCAAACAAACCCUGGUAAGGUUCGCUUGAGAUGUGAAAGCGAACAAACCUCGGUCCGAUCCAGUUCUACAAAGCAUAUGCCUCUUUGGACGUAACGGGCACCCGCUCAGCCGUGCGCAUUAUGGGAAUUAUUGUUUGAUUAGCGGUAACUCCAAAUUGUCGGACCGUCUGGGAAUUUGGACAGACACCCACAUAAAACAUAUGCUGGACAACACACGUAAAAAUGUCGAUGCAUUUAACACAUUCAGCACCAGGAUGAGGGAGAAGGAGUUCGACCGGUCCACUACUGUAUAAAACAAAUCAAUAGCACGAGUGCAGCCCGCAGAAGAACACACCAGAAUAGGCCUGUUUAGUAAGCAGGAUUUGAUGCCGCAUUCCUACACUUAUAAAAUGCAAUUCAAUGUGGAAGUAAUCCAAGUGUUCAGAAUACAAUACUCUGAGUGAAACGGUAUAAGUUACAUAUUACAUUUUUGGGCGUGUAUUCGGUAUUCUGUAACUGGAUACAUUUUAAAAGUAUCCUUCCCAACACUGCCCAUCCCUUGCUCCUCUUAUCUUCCCUCCUUCCUCUCCCCUCUUUCCUCUCCUUCCUCCUCCUCUACUGUGAAUGCUUCUCGUGCUCUUGGCAGGCUGUCCCACGUGACGCGUGGUCACUGCAGUGCAAACUGCAUGCGGGUGGUGGGCUGGGGGACGGGUGGGGGAGGCGAGGGGGACAGUGGUGGUCAGGGGUCAUAAAGGGGCUGUGAUGAUGUUUCAAAGCAUUGCCAUUCCUUUCCCCCACCCCCACUGUGUAUACGUUUAAAUUAUGCAGAACAAGGCAUCCCCAUGUAAUUGUCAAUGUUUUUUUUAUCAUAAGAUAAUAAAAAAAAAAUAUAAUACACAACCGCAGGGAGACAAGUGUUUGCAAUAAUGUCAACACUACAUUUAAAGGACAAUAGUGGUGUGCAUGUAUUGGAAUUGGCGUCCAUCCCUAAUAAAUGUAUGCAAUGUUGUCUUUUCUUAAAGAAAACUGGCCUUGAGGUGUGUCUUGUGCGUGGAAGUCCCUGAUGCCUUCUGAGUUGUGAGAACUCCUAGUGUACACACACUACGCAGCUUGGGGAAAAGCUUAUUCCCCUUUCACAUCAGCAAGGAUGUCUCAGUUUGAUGUACAUGCGUCUCUAAGUCUCAACCAAUCACUUAGAAUCGUUUUUUGCAUCUAUUUCCUAUAGUGUGGUCUUUGGUUAGGGUGUUUAACCCUCAGUCGCAAGGUUGUGGGUUUGAAGCCCAACGUCCGCGUGUUACCUGUAGGCAUCCUUGAGCAAGUUGAACCUAGACAUUUAACUACUCCUAAAUGUAUAUAAAGCAAUCUGGAUACUAAUUAAGAAAUGUAUAUAAAAAUGCAGAUGUUAUAAGUCGCUUUAGGCAAGUGCUUUCAUGGUUAUGUGCUGGAGGGUUGACCGAUUGGUUAUGUCUUGUGAGUUCAUCUAAAGUAGGAACUGUAUAUGACUUGCCUUACCACCUAUUACUACUUUUUACUUGGUAUGCCUCCAGGUACUUGAGGCAUUUCAUGCCUUGAAAUGUAAUUUAUAUAUGCUUAGUAAGCAUAUUUAGAUUAUCUCCUCGCUUUAGAUAAACUCACCCUAACUAAUGCUUUCUUGCUGCCUAAACUACUCAUGAAUUGCAGAUUCUAAACCAAUAUCAAAUUACCAUAAUCAUUACAGAUUAUGAAUAGGUCACUAAUGAGUAAUCAUGUAGCAAUAUUUCGAAAACGACAAACUACGUACUUUAUUAAUGUUUAAAAGUUGAAGUUAUAAUAAAGCUGCGUUCACAUCAAAAGCGAAGCAAAUAUUCUACACGUUGCUCGCCCUUUCGUGUCAAAGUUCAAAUAUUUAACUAGCGAAUGAGGAGUUUGCAGCGUUUCGAGUGCCGGUUGAGUAUUCUAAAUUCAUCUAUUCUCGUCUUUGCAUUUACCUUAAUAAAUUCGGCCGCGUGUUCAUUUUUGAUGUGAACCAACGGUAAAUUGCCAACUAUAUAUGUCACAAAUUAACUACUAAAUCAGAAAAUUUAACAUGUCAUCUGGGAUAAAGGAAGUCAAAAUACUGGCACCUCCGAAAACAAUGUUAUGUUCUCCUGGUCAGAACAUUUGUUUUUGUUUUAGCCUGUUUGUAGUGUACCCCCGGGUGCCAGAUAUUAAACAAAUAUGGAGCCCGCUUUAAACUGCAGUUGGCACAAUGUUUUGGUUAGAAUUUUGCUCCAAAAUAUAUCUUCACGCAGACACACUGUCUACUGUGAGGGAGUUUAAUAGACAUCUCAGCAGCAGUACAGAGAUAUACACACAUUUCAAAGUGAGUACAACUAGUUAGUGAGCUAUAUGUUCAAAUAGCUAUGCUGGCCUUGAGUUGCCUGCAAAGAGUGGACUGACAGUCAGGGGUUGUACUUUGAGCAUCUUUGGUUAGGAGCAGACCUCGCUGUGAAACUUGAGACUGGAAUAACUCUUCACUGCUGCUACACUGGUCAAUGAAACUCACUUCGUUCAGGUCCUCUACCUGGCAAUCCAUGUAAGCUUCAGGAUGGCCGCCAGAGACGACUCCGAUAUUGGGUAUUUGGACUGCAGUACAGAUUUUAAAAGCUUGUGUCAAUGAUACAUAU